AUGCGCAUCUACGCGAAACCAGUCUGUUCUACGUGUAGAGAGAUGAGGACUCCUCUGGUAAUUGGUGCAGUCGUCUUCUGCUGUCUGGCAGGACUACAGGAGGUCUCAGGUCGCAGGGACUUGGCCGCGUACUGCGGAGCCUGCAAGGCGGUGGUGGACGAACUCAGCUACGAGGUGGACAAGGUGGACCCCAAGAAGACCAUCCAGACUGGGAGCUACAGAGUUGACUCCAGUGGGAAGCAAUCGGCCAAGUCCAGGAGGUAUGCAGGUAGUGAGACACACAUGACAGAGCUCCUGGAGACUGUCUGUGAGAAGAUGAGAGACUACGGGACCACCACCGACCCUGCUACCGGUCACCGUGGUUACACCAGGAUCAACACUCGGCCGGGGGAGUCCCUGACAAUUACCAACGUCAACCUCAGUAGUGGGGGCUCAGAGGAACUUACAAACGCUUGUCACUAUGUUGUUGGGGAACAUGAAGAGGUCAUUAUUGACCUCUAUGGAGAUGGGCUCACUCAGAAAGAGGUUGAAAAUGAGCUGUGUUAUGAGGUCACAGGUUAUUGUGCUGAGUAUGAACACACUGAGCUUUGAACUACUUUCACUUUCUGCUAAAUUUUAACUUGAACUUUUUUCAGUCAAUUUUUAGGUCUUUUAUGAAUCAAAAACUGGCAACAUAAUGACAACAGAAUACUUGUUGUAUUAAAUCUAGUGAGCCAUUUGUUCGUCUAGUGAUGCGGCGAGCCACUGUGGGUGGCAGGCACUGAUGUUGUCCACAAUGGAGUUCAGUAGGAAACAGACGUUGCGGAUCCUGCCAUCCCAAACCACCAUCAUCUCCUGCUUCUUGAAGUAGACAAUUCCAUCAAUUUGGUCUAUGGUGCCACUCAUCCUCCCCUCGGAUAUCAUCCGAGCUGCCACUUUCUCUG